UCAACUUCCAAGCCACUUCUUUCGAGGGGCGGUCGAACCGGCCCGGUUCAGUCGACUACGCGUGUGGGUUCCGUGUCUUCGAAACUUUGACCUCGAUUCCUCUUUUCAGGAUCCGGAAGUUCGUCGUUCUUUUCCAAUCCCUCGAUUUCCGUCGGUUGCUCCGUCCCAAAUCGCCGAAGAGGAGAAGGUCGAUUCAUGCAGAACUUCAUCUUCUUGAAGAAAUAUCCGUAGAUCGACGUCAGGAGAAGAAGUGGGAGACUUUAAUGGAGGUUGAUGAUCCUACUGCUUCGUUUCCCCUGGCAAAAUGGAGAAGUGAUUUCUCCAGGGCGUUUCAGUACUACUUGGAUAAAUCGACGCCCCACGCGACCGAAAGGUGGAUCGGGACUGCUGGAGUCGCUGCGAUCUACUGCCUGCGCGUGUAUUUACUGCAGGGCUUUUAUAUCAUCAGCUACGGUUUGGGGAUCUAUCUGUUGAAUCUCCUGAUUGGGUUCCUGUCUCCGCUGGUUGAUCCGGAGCUCGAAGUUUCUGACGGCCUUGCUCUGCCUACAAGGGGCUCUGACGAAUUCAAACCUUUCGUUCGUCGUCUUCCGGAGUUCAAGUUCUGGUAUUCAAUAACAAAAGCUUUCUGUGUUGCUUUUGUGAUGACUUUCUUCUCUGUGUUUGAUGUUCCUGUCUUCUGGCCCAUACUGCUAUGUUAUUGGGUGGUUCUUUUCUUUCUGACAAUGAAACGUCAAAUUACCCACAUGAUCAAGUUCAAGUAUGUGCCAUUCAGCCUUGGGAAGCAGAGGUACGGAGGGAAAAGGAAUUCUGGAAGCAGUAGCCGGUCAAGUGAUUGAUCUCUCACGGGGUUAAGAGCAUCCAGAUGUUCAGUAUCUUCACUUAAUUGAUACCUUUAUUAGUUUUACUCGAUUGGAAAAUUGAAGGAUAUAUUCUGUUAAAAACGUUUAUUUUCUGUGCUUCCAUCCAAAUGUUCUCAUCCACUAGCCUGGUAUAUGAUACGCUGGAGAAUAGCCGUCUGAAAACACUAGUAAUUGUUGUUUAGUUUUAUCUUUAGUUGCUUUGUGUUGUUUCUCAUCUUUAUUGGACGCUUUCUCUACUUGGAGUGGAAUAUGUUUCUGUUCUUUGUUAA